CACGCGACACCCGGAAAUGGAGGCGCUGCUAUGACGAUGAUAAAGAUGAGGAUGAUGAUGAUAGUGUAGCGGCAGCUGAACCGAGAGGAGAUAAACCCAGCGGCUAAAAAACAAAACAAAUAAAUAAAAUCAGCUUUCAGCGCUGUAAGUUUUUUUUUUUCUUUUGUGAAGAUGAGCGACGUGGAUCAGAUCAGGAUGGAACUUUUCGUGAAGGCAGGAAGUGAUGGUCAGGUCAUCGGCAACUGUCCAUUCUCUCAGCGUCUCUUCAUGGUUCUGUGGCUGAAAGGAGUCGUCUUCGACGUCACCACGGUGGACAUGAAGAGGAAACCAGAUAUCUUGAAGGACCUGGCACCGGGUGCUCAGCCUCCUUUCCUGCUGUGCGGCGGCGAGGUGAAAACCGACACCAACAAGAUCGAGGAGUUCCUGGAGGACAAUCUCUGCCCUCCCAAGUGUCCACGUCUGGCUGCUCGUAAUCCAGAGUCCAACACAGCCGGUGUGGACAUCUUCUCCAAGUUCUCUGCCUACAUCAAGAACUCCAACCCUCAGGCAAAUCAAAAUCUUGAGAAAGGCCUGCUGAAGGCUCUGAAGAAGUUAGACGACUACCUCGGCACCCCACUUCCUGACGAGAUCGACGCAAAUAGUGCCGAUGAGGUCACUUCCUCGUCGCGCCCCUUCCUGGACGGCCAGGAGCUCUCUCUGGCUGACUGCAAUCUGCUGCCGAAGCUGCACAUCGUGAAGGUGGUUUGUUUAAAAUACAGAAACUUCACCAUCCCCGAGUCUCUGACAAACGUCUGGAGGUACCUGAACGCAUCGUACGCCAGGGAGGAGUUUUCUGCCACCUGCCCGGUGGACGAGGAGAUCCACAUCGCCUAUUCAUCUGUAGCUAAGGCUCUGAAGUAGGAGGAGAUGUAUUCAAAGGGAAAAUCAAGAGCACAUACACACCUUUUAAAGCAAACAUUUACUCUGCAAACAAUCUGUCAAUGCAAGCGUAACUAACAGUUUUCUGUGCAGGACUUGAGCGUUUCUUUUCAUCUUCAUAUAGCUUUUAGGAACAUCAGAGCUGCUGCAGCAUUCUCGGACUACACCCACAGGUGUACCUUUGUACUCACAUUUAGAACAGGGUCACUUUUCACCAGCAGAUCAACCAGGAAGUUCAAUAAGCUGAAGGCCUUGCCAACACAAACUCUGUUCUGGUGACUCAUUCAAAUAAUUGCUUUCAGGACAACAAACGUACAUUUUCAACCCACUCCCUUUUUUUAAUUUCAAACU